AUGAACCCGUUCGCUCUGGUUCACCACCAGCUCCGGCGCAGCUUCACCAGCCCGCCCCGGUGCGCCCAACCUGUGGCACUCGCCCGCCGCGCCCACACGCCGCCCUCCAUCACCACCACCCUCGCCCGCCGGCACUUCUCCGAAAAGCCGCGCAGCGCACCCGAGGCCGCCGACGCUGCGCCCAAACCGAAGCCGAAGGCGUCGACGCCGCUGCGGCGCUCCGCGUCCGCGUCGCUCCCCAUCCGCGCGAACCCGACCCCGACGCGGUCCGAGAUCCACCCGGUGACGACGCUCGCGACGGCGGAGCGGUACGCGAUGGGGCACCUGCUCGCGGCGCUGCCCGAGGGCGCGGUGCUGCUGCACGACGCGUGGUGGGUGCCGCGCUGGCGGCCCGCGGCGGCGGCGGGGGAGAGCGGGAGCGGCGGGAGGGAGGGCGAGGUGUUCGUGUUCGGGAACGGGAGCUUCGUGUGCUGGGGCCUGGACGAGGAGGGCGCGAGGGCGUUCCUGCGCGAGGUGGUGUGGCCCGCGCGGGCGGAGGUCGCGCGGCUGAAGGAGCCGGAGACGGAGGACCUGGAGUUCGUCACGGACCCGCAGGAGGAGACGCGGCUGCAGGGAGACCUGAUCAUCCUGGGCAAGCUGCCGCCGCUGAACACGGAGGCGUCGUUGCCGGCGAGCAUCCCGCCGAGUGCGCUCCCGCAGGACACGCUGCUCGUGCGGUAUGCGUACUCCCAGGCGCUGUCGCGGUCGACCGCGUUAUCGGGCCUGGAGACUUCCCUGGAGCACUACUUGUCGUCCAUCGCGAACCUGCCCCGGGCCCUGCAGAAGACCGGCAAGCCGGGCCUUGGACGCAAGCAGCUCGUGAUGAAGCUCGGAGAGCUCUUGCGCUUCCGCCAAGGGCUCAACCUCAACCGCGAAAACUUCUCCGACACGCCAGACUUCUACUGGUCUGAGCCCGUGCUUGAAGGUUACUUCAACACUCUGAGCAAUGCUCUCGAGAUGAGAGCACGAAUCCGGUCUGUGAACGACAAGAUCACUUAUGCGGCCGAGGCAAGUAACCCUUCGGAGCUGCUCACGGAGACGUCUGCCCACCGCAUGGAGCUGAUCAUUAUCGCCCUCAUUGCCGUCGAAGUGGUCAUUUGUCUCAUCCGCGACGGUCCUGAGCUCUGGCACAUGGUCUUCGGUGAAGACGAGAAGUCAACGAAGACCACUGAAACUGAUGCAUGA